AUGGAUAGUCAGAAAGAAACACCGCAUAGCGACGGCGCCGGUACCGACGCUGAUCCCGAAUCCGCCGGUUUCCCGCCGGGCAUGAUCGACGCCCACGCGGAGCGCCGUCUAGUCCGCAAGAUAGAUCUUCACAUCUGGCCCAUCCUGUUCGUCAUCUACAUGAUGUCCUUUCUUGAUCGCAUCAACAUCAGCAACGCCCGCAUCCAGGGCAUGUCGGAGGAGCUCAACUUGUAUGGAAACAGGUUCAACAUCGCCCUUUUCGUCUACUUUAUCCCUUACAUCUUGCUCGAGGUCCCUAGCAACAUGGUGCUUAGGAGGCUCAGGCCUCACUACUACAUCCCGUUCCUCAUGCUGAGCUGGGCUAUCGUCAACAUGUGCAUGGGGUUCGUCUCGACGUACCAGGGGCUUGUCGUGCUGCGCUUCUUCCUCGGCACGUUCGAGGCCGGCGUCAUGCCCGCCAUCGUCUACCUCACUUCCAUGUAUUACAAGCGCCACGAGUUUCAGACGCGCAUUAGUUUCUUCUUCUGCUCCACGGUUGUCGGCGGCGCUUUCGGAGGACUGCUUGCGUACGCGAUCGCAAAUCUCGACGGCCACAACGGCAUAGCUGGCUGGCGCUGGAUUUUCAUCAUCGAGGGGCUGGCCACCGCGGCCGUAGCCCUCGUGUCCGUCUUCCUCAUCGUCGACUGGCCAGAGCAGUGCCACUUCCUGACCGCGGAAGAAAAGCGCCAACUCCAGCUCCGACUCGCCGACGACGGCGCCGGCACGGUGGCCCGCAUGGACACGCUCAACGCGUACGCGUACCGCCGCAUCCUCACCGACUGGAAGAUCUGGGCCGGCGCCCUAACCUACAUGGGCGUCGGCGUCACGGGCUACGCGACCACGUUCUUCAUGCCGACCAUCCUGCGCGAGUUCGGCUGGGAGGCCCAGUCCGCCCAGGUCCACACGAUCCCCGUGUACGCCGUCUCCGCCGUCGGCAUGAUAGCCGUGGCGUACCUCUCCGACCGGACCAAGCACCGCUACGGCUUCAUCAUCCUGGGCUGCGCGAUCGCGACGACCGGCUACGCCAUGCUGCUGCGCCCCAGGGGCCUAUCGAACGGGGCCAAGUACGGCGCGGUCUUCCUCGUCUCGCUGGGCGGGUUCGUCGGCACGCCGAUCGCGCUCGCCUGGCUCGCCAACAACACGGCCGGCCACUGGAAGCGCUCCUUCGCCUCCGCCAUCCAGGUCUCCCUCGGCAACAUCGCGGGCAUCGUGGCCGCCCUCAUCUUCCGCCAGGAAGAGGCCCCGCGGUACCCGACGGGGUACGGUACCGCCCUGGGGAUCACGUGGCUAGGCGCCGCCGUGGCGACGCUGCUCUUCGUGGGCAUGUUCGUCGAGAACCGGAAGCGGGACGCGGGCAAGAGGGACUCGCGGCUGAGCCGUCCGAAGGAAGAGGUCGACAACAUGGGCGAUUAUCAUCCUUCUUUCCGAUUCACGUUGUGA